UGAACAGAACGGAACGUAACCUAACCUAUUUUAUUCUAUUUUAAAGAACAGUCUCAUCUAAAAAAUCAGAUAAACUGGGUAAUUAUAACUUUGUUAAGUGUUAAGGCAGGCAAAUUCUUGUAGGAAACAGGUUGAAAGUCAAACGAUCAGAACUUGCUGAGAAAGGCAGUUACCACCUUACCAUUAUAAAAAGGGAAAUGACUCUGCUUACCAUCUUUGUGAUUCUUGGGUGCUACACCAUUUUCGCCAACGGAUUGUCUUCAACACCGGCACUGCCACCACGUUUGUACAUCUACCUCCCUCCUUUUAUCUACCAGGGUGAUGGGAAACCUGUUCUGCUGUGUUCAAGUUGACCAAUCCACUGUUGCUAUUAAGGGGAACUUUGGAAAAUUUGAUGAUGUGCUAGGGCCAGGGUGCCAUUGUGUCCCUUGGUUCAUCGGCGAUCAGAUAGCAGGCAAGCUCAGUCUUCGUGUACAACAGUUAGAUGUACGCUGUGAGACCAAGACCAAGGACAAUGUGUUUGUCAAUGUUAUUGCUUCCAUUCAAUAUCGUGUCCUAGCUGAGAAGGCAAGUGAUGCAUUUUACAAGCUCAGUGACACUCAAUCUCAAAUUCAGGCCUAUGUAUUUGAUGUGAUCAGAGCCAGUGUUCCAAAGCUAAACCUGGAUGAUGUGUUUGAGCAGAAGAAUGAAAUUGCCAAAGCAGUUGCUGAUGAACUCGACAAUGCAAUGUCCCACUACGGAUUUGAAAUUGUUCAAACGCUCAUUACUGAUAUCGAACCUGAUGAACGUGUAAAGCGGGCUAUGAAUGAAAUCAAUGCUGCUUCAAGAUUUAGGGUAGCAGCAAAUGACAAAGCUGAAGCAGAGAAGAUUCUACAGAUUAAAAGAGCUGAAGGAGAGGCAGAAUCCAAGUACCUCUCAGGGAUGGGUAUCGCCAGGCAACGACAGGCAAUUGUUGAUGGUCUUAGAGAUAGUGUACUUGGCUUCUCGGAUAAAGUUCCUGGGACAAGUACUAAGGAUGUAAUGGACAUGAUCCUUGUCACACAAUACUUUGACACCAUGAAGGAUAUCGGUGCAGCUUCCAAGACAUCAACUGUGUUUAUCCCACACGGCCCUGGUGCUGUGCGUGACAUUGCCACACAGAUCAGAGAUGGACUUCUUCAAGCUUCAUCAUCUCACUCAUAACCUUCACCACUCAUCAAAAAUAUGCUGCUGCUCUUUAGCUCUUCAAAGUUGGAUACCGCUUUUUGUCCUGGAAGGAAACAUGGUGCUUUGAUCAAUCUCCUUUCCUGAAAUACAAUAUUCUCGUGUGAAAACACUUGUUUGUUAUUGAUAAUUACCUUUCAUUGUGUAUUUGUAUAUGUCAUUUGUGUAUAUUAUUUUUGUUGUGACUUCAACUCCUUGUGUAUAGCUGUUUAAGAAUGAAUACUCCGUACAGUGCACGAUUCUUUAAACUUUUUGCCAAAGAAUAGUGAAGAC